CCGCCCGGCGCUCCCGAGCCGAGGUGUCCGCCGCGCCGCCGCUGUCAGUCCGAGCUCAGGUGCUGCUCAGUCGGGUGCCGCUGCCGACGCCACCCGCGCGCCGAGGUCCGCCGGGCACGCUCCCCGCCGCAGAGCGACAUGUCUUGUGCGUCGUUCAUCCACGUCAACGAGGGGCCAUCGCCCCGGUCCCUGAAGACCGACUUCGAGGACAUCGAGGAUCACGCGGCACUGAUAGGUUUGCAGGCGUUGACCUUGAACCUCGCUUCGGCCAAUAGGGUCUCUGAGGAGCCUGAACCGCGCAAGAAGUGCCUGAAGCCUCUGAGCAUCUCCACGGCUCGCAAAACACCCGAGAAGCACGUAUCCAUCAGCCCGCUGUCGGUGACUCCCCGCAGCGUCGGCUCGAGCGCCCGCAGCCGGCCGUCUCCGUCGCGCAGCGACUCGUCGGGCUUCCAGAGCCUGCCGAGCCCGCAGAGUGCCGGCUCGGACGGCUCGCUCGGCUCCGGCUCCGGCUCCGUCUGCUGGCACCGCGGCCGCAUCGCCGGUGAUGCGCGUGUCUUCACCAAUCACAGCAACAUGGAGGUCAAGCCCAGUGAGAGCCUGGAGUCGAUAAACUCGCGCUCGGCCAGUGGAAGCGCCAGCAGACAGCGUCAGACCAACUCGCGGUCGCGCCAGGGAACGCCGCAGUCGCGCCAGGGCACGCCGCAGUCGCGCCAGGGCACGCCGCAGUCGCGCCAGUCUACGCCGCAGCCGCGUCACGGCACGCCGCACUCGCGCCAGGCCACGCCGCAGUGGCUCCACGGCACGCCGCAAAGGGAGAAUCAGAGGACGUUUGAGGAAUACGCCACGAUCUUCGACGUCCAGCAGGGGCUGAAGAAAGGGCAGCUGGUGGAGGGUGUCCUCCGGAUUAACGCGAAGAGCUACAAAGAUGCAUAUAUCAGCGCUCCGGACGGGCUGACGGACAUCUACGUUGGGGGAGUGCGUGAUCGCAACCGUGCGCUGCACGGCGAUGUGGUGGCCGUCGAGCUGCGGCCCCAGCAUGAGUGGAAGGUUCUGGAGAAUGCGCUCGUCACCUAUCUCAUCUCAAAUGGCACACUUAGCGACCUCGAAAUUCUGUACGAAACCGACGCGAACCUGCAGAAAAACGCCGUCCUCCUGGAUGCGAUUCUGCCCGACCGAUUUCCGCGUCCCCUGAGGCUGCUCUUGGCGCCGGGCGAGGCCGCCGCACCGCCGCACGACCCCGCGGCGCACAGCGACGGCCCGGCCCGGGCAAAGGAGACCUCACUGCCGGGCGACGACGCCCCGCCGGCGGACGCUGCCAGCCGAGAGCUGCGAUGGCGCGAGUGA